AUGGCUACACUUCUGGAUAUUAGUGUAUCAGCUGGGAUAAACAUUCUCAGUGCCUUUGUUUUCUUCAUAAUCUUUGCGAUUUUGAGGCUCCAACCUUUCAAUGAUAGAGUUUACUUCUCGAAAUGGUACCUAAAGGGUCUAAGAAGCAGCCCUGUGCGUGGCGGCGCCUUUGUACAACGCUUUGUGAACUUAGACUUCAGGUCUUACGUGAAGUUCUUGAAUUGGAUGCCUGAAGCUUUGAAAAUGCCUGAGCCUGAGCUUAUCGAUCAUGCCGGUUUGGAUUCGGUUGUGUAUCUCCGGAUUUACUGGCUAGGGCUUAAGAUCUUUGCUCCUAUAGCAGUGCUUGCUUGGGCAGUACUUGUGCCAGUUAACUGGACAAACAACACACUGGAGAUGGCUAAGCAGUUAAGGAAUGUAACUUCGAGCGAUAUUGAUAAACUCUCUGUUUCGAAUAUCCCAGAGUAUUCAAUGAGGUUUUGGACUCAUAUAGUAAUGGCGUAUGCCUUUACCAUCUGGACUUGUUAUGUGUUGAUGAAAGAAUAUGAGACGAUUGCUAACAUGAGGCUCCAGUUUGUUGCAUCAGAAGCUCGUCGACCUGACCAGUUCACUGUUCUUGUUAGGAAUGUACCUCCGGACUCAGAUGAAUCUGUUAGUGAAUCAGUGGAGCAUUUUUUCCUGGUCAAUCACCCUGAUCACUACUCGACACAUCAGGUUGUAUGCAAUGCAAACAAGCUCGCAGAUUUGGUACAAAAGAAGAAAAAGCUGCAGAAUUGGCUUGAUUACUACCAGCUCAAAUACUCUAGAAAUAACACUCAGAGAAUUAUGGUGAAGCUUGGCUUCCUUGGGCUUUGGGGACAAAAAGUCGAUGCUAUCGAGCAUUACAUUGCUGAGAUCGAUAAAACAUCAGAAGAGAUUGCUAAAGAAAGGGAGGAAGUGGUGAAUGAUCCCAAGUCCAUUAUGCCAGCAGCUUUUGUCUCCUUCAAAACCCGAUGGGCUGCUGCUGUCUGUGCUCAGACUCAACAGACUCGGAACCCAACGCAAUGGCUAACCGAAUGGGCUCCAGAACCGCGAGAUGUGUAUUGGGCAAAUCUUGCUAUUCCGUACGUUUCUUUGACAGUAAGGAGGCUGAUAAUGCAUGUUGCCUUCUUUUUCCUAACCUUCUUCUUCAUCAUCCCAAUCGCGUUUGUUCAAUCUCUUGCUACCAUCGAAGGGAUUGUGAAAGCUGCGCCGUUCUUGAAGGUUAUUGUGGAGGAUAAAUUCAUGAAAUCAGUGAUACAAGGUUUUCUACCGGGUAUUGCAUUGAAGCUCUUCCUCAUCUUUCUGCCAUCCAUUCUGAUGAUCAUGUCCAAAUUUGAAGGCUUCACAUCAAUCUCAUCCUUAGAGAGACGAGCAGCGUCUCGAUAUUACAUCUUUAACUUUGUGAACGUCUUUCUUGCAAGCGUUGUCACUGGAGCUGCGUUUGAACAGCUUAGCGCUUUCCUCAAUCAAUCCCCAAACCAAAUCCCCAAGACCAUUGGUGUGGCCAUACCGAUGAAAGCAACGUUCUUCAUCACGUAUAUAAUGGUUGAUGGUUGGGCAGGAGUCGCAGGAGAGAUUCUAAUGCUGAAACCUCUGAUUAUAUUCCAUCUCAAAAACGCCUUCUUGGUUAAGACUGAGAAAGACAGAGAGGAAGCAAUGGAUCCAGGAAGCAUCGGUUUUAACACGGGGGAGCCUCGGAUACAGCUCUACUUCCUUCUCGGUCUUGUCUACGCUCCCGUGACACCAAUGCUUCUCCCCUUUAUCUUGAUCUUCUUUGCCCUUGCCUACAUUGUGUAUCGCCAUCAAAUCAUAAAUGUAUAUAAUCAAGAAUACGAGAGCGCUGCAGCGUUUUGGCCUGAUGUUCAUGGACGAGUCAUAGCAGCAUUGAUAAUCUCUCAGUUGCUUCUGAUGGGUCUGUUGGGGACGAAACACGCUGCAUUAGCUGCACCGUUUCUCAUUGCUUUGCCUGUGCUUACCAUCGGUUUCCACCACUUCUGCAAAGGCCGUUAUGAGCCAGCUUUCAUCAGAUACCCUCUACAGGAAGCUAUGAUGAAAGAUACAUUGGAAAGCGCAAGAGAACCGAACUUGAACCUUAAAGGCUACUUGCAGAACGCUUACAUUCAUCCGGUUUUCAAAGGCGAUGAAGACGAUGAUGACUAUGAUGACAAGCUCGGUAAGUUUGAGGAUGAAGCCAUCAUUGUCCCCACCAAACGUCAGUCGCGGAGGAAUACUCCAGCGCCUAGCAGAAUCAGCGGAGAGUCUUCGCCGUCUUUGCCCUUCAGUGGUAAAUUAGUCUAG